CUUCACUCUGGGGAGCCUUCAGGUGUCUUCAAUGUUGCGGGAAAACUGAAUGUUUUCAUAUGGUUCUGUAACGUCUGAGAGGAAGUCUGUAAAGUUUGUAGUGACGGAUCAUAUUUGAGUUGAUGGGGUAUCAGAGGAGCAUGUGGCGCAGUCUGGCCGGAGGAGGAGGAGGAGGAGGAGAUGUGGCUGUGGUGAGGUGUUCAUGUUCAGAGGAGGAGGUGAAGAUCUCCUUCAGAAGUGUUGGGGAGGAGCGGCGGCUCAGACCAGUGUUUGUCCGUCGCUGGUUCGGUGGACUGUCAGUGUCUCUGCUCUUCAGAUAUUUAGUGAAACCCUCCGAGGAGUGGUUAGCCGAGUCCCCCCGCCUGUCCACUGCCUCCAUCAGCAGCAAUGAGCGUGCUCCGUCAGCCACGCCCUCGGACUCCUCCGACCGCCGCCCAGUGAGCCUGAUCUCAACGCUAUCCUCGGGCUCCGGGUCCUCCAGAGACGACAACCUCGCCCCACCGCCGUCCACACAAACGUCUGACGUAGACUUGGACCUGAGCCCUGCGGGGGGCGCUGCAGAGGGCGAGGGGGGGUCAUCCCCAUGCUCAGAGCCUGACAGGAAGGGGCGGAGCCCCGGCCUCACACACAACAACAACAACAACAAAGAGUCCACGCCAGGUCGAGCGUCCAGCCGCCGCCACCAGGCGUCAUCGUUCAUCAGCAGGAGCAUGGCGCCAAACCCUCAGCUGACCUACCUGGACCGCGUUGUCAUGGAGAUCAUCGAGACGGAGAGGAUGUACGUCAGAGACCUGCGCAUGAUCGUAGAGGACUACCUGGCCCACAUCAUCGAUCAGUGUGAUCUAUCGAUCCGUCCGGAGCAGGUCUGCGCUCUGUUUGGAAACAUCGAGGACAUCUACGAGUUCAACAGCGAGCUGCUUCAGGCUCUUGACCUCUGUGACAACGACCCUGUCGCCGUCGCCAGGUGCUUCGUCAUGAAGAGCGAGUACUUUGAGAUCUACACACAGUACUGCACCAACUACCCAAAUUCGGUUGCGGCGCUGACAGAGUGCAUGAGGAAUAAAUCUCUGGCCAAGUUUUUUCGAGACCGUCAGGCGUCAUUGAAGCGCUCGCUGCCUCUCGGCUCAUACCUGCUCAAACCUGUUCAGAGAAUCCUCAAAUAUCACCUGCUGCUCCAGGAGAUAGCGAAGCACUUUGACCCAGAGGAGGAGGGAUACGAGGUGGUGGAGGAGGCGAUCUACACCAUGACCGGCGUGGCGUGGUACAUCAACGACAUGAAGAGGAAACAUGAGCACGCCGUCAGACUGCAGGAGGUCCAGUCCCUGCUGCUGAACUGGAAAGGUCCAGACCUGACCACGUACGGAGAACUGGUUCUGGAGGGAACCUUCAAAGUUCAUCGAGCCAAAAACGAGAGAACGCUCUUCCUGUUCGACCGCAUGCUGCUCAUCACCAAACGCCGCGGAGAGCACUACGUCUACAAGACGCACAUCUCUUGUUCCACCCUGAUGCUGAUUGAAAGCUCCAAAGACUCUCUGAGCUUCAGUGUGACUCACUACAAACAUCCCAAACAGCCUCACACCGUCCAGGCGAAGACGGUGGAGGAGAAGAAGCUCUGGGCUCAUCACAUCAAACGCAUCAUUCUGGAAAACCAUCACGCCAUCAUCCCUCAGAAGAAACAUGAGUCAGCAGUGUGUGAUGUCCCGCAGCACUCAGACAGUGACGGCGUGUUACCGAGGGAGAGGCGCUCUCUGCAGCCCGCCACCAGCAGCAGCACGCCGGGCUCCGCCCUGGGUGAGUCUGAGGCUGACCACGCUGCUGACGAUGAGGAGGAGGAGGAGGAGCUCAGCAGCAGGAAGGACUCACUGGAGCGACUGAUCUGCAGUGAGGAAGAGGAGGAGGAGGAAGAGGAGGGGAUGUUGAGUCCUCAGCAGUCUCAUCAGACGCCGGCGGACGACAGCGAGCCAGACGACAUUCUGCUGGAGGACGAUCAGGAGGCGGACGGAGGCAGCGUCUCUAACGGCUGCAACAAAGAAAACGGUCGACUUCCUGAAGAAGACGAAUCGGGUGGAACUGAACCAGCGAGUGAGCAGCUCUGCAAAGAAAAGCAGCAGCAGGAGAAGACGUCAGAAACUGGACCGACGGAAGACCCUGAACCUGAACCCUCCUCUGAUCUGGACAGUUUGUCUGCUACACCUCCCAGGAUCUCAGCAUCUCCUCAGAGUUCAGAAGAACUGAAACCUGAAAGAGAUCCAGAGCCCACAGAGCCACCAUCCUCCGCCACACCUGAUUCAGAUUCAAAAACCUUGAGUAGCGGGGAAUCCUCCGAUGAUGAGGAGGAUGUGAAAGAGGCAAGAGAGAAAGAAGGUGAAGCCACCAGCAUCCUUCCCUCCUCUGUCCUGGACAAAGCCAGCGCCAUCGCUCAGCACUUCACCAACAGCGUCAAACGAGGCAGCCUGGCCCAGGACGACGCCCGCUCCCUCGGCUGUGCUUCACCACGGCUCCCCAGCAGGACCGGCAGCAGCCUCAGCCUCAACUCUGAACACCCCAACCGAACACAGCGGCUCAACAGCAUCUGCUCUGAUCCUGCAGAGACCUUUGGCAUGACGGAUUUGACCCUGCUGUCUCCUCGGGACGACAGCCUCUUUGACGGCGAGCGAGGCAUUCGGAGGAGGAGAGACUCCACCCUGUCAAAGCAGGACCAGCUCCUCAUUGGCAAAAUCAAGAAUUACUAUGAGAACGCCGAAAACCAGGAUGCCACCUUCUGCCUCCAGCGCAGAGAGAGCCUGACGUACAUCCCGACCGGGCUGGUCAGGAGCUCUGUCAGCCGGCUCAACAACAUCCCGAAUACAAAUCCCUCCACCUCGAUCACGUCCUCCAGUCUGGAGUCAAACUCAGCUUUACCUGCAGAUACCCGGUGUCACAUCGUCUACAGUGACUCUUUGGACUCUUUCAAGUCCGAUCAGAGAAGCACAGAUCCAGAGGAUUCAGAAGAAAGCCCCUGGUCCAGAUCUCAAAGCUUGCAGGACAAUCCAUCUGAGGAUGAGGAGUUCAGACCUUCAUCUGAAAUGAUCAAAAUCUGGCAGACGAUGGAGAGACAGAUCACCAGGUCCCAAAGCGAAGAUAGAGGGCGUGAACGAGCUCGAGAAUCUCCAAGAAUCUCCAGAGUGACCAGCGUCGGCACGACAAAGACCCCAAACAAGAGCUGUGACAGAGAGAGUGGAGCGUCUGACCUCAGUGUCAUCACUGAGGAAUCCAGAAGUCCUUCGCCUCUCAAGCUCAGAGCUGCCGCUAUCAAUCGGACAGGAAGUCUGAAGGACACGCUGAAGGUGUUCGCAGAAGAAGCUGUCGGCCUCAGGGCUCCGGUUCCCCGGGUCGCCCAGCUGAAGGCGGAGGCAGAGGGAGAAAAACCCAGCGAGGAUUCAAACCAGCCGGGCGACGAAGACAAGACGAAGAGCAAAGUCCUCCAUCUGGCCCGUCAGUACAGCCAGCGAAUCAAAACCACCAAACCAGUGGUCCGACAGAGAAGUCAGGGCUUCCUAAUCGGCAAGAAGACCUUACCCUGUGUGGUGGAGGAGAAGGAGGGUGCAGGUAAACCCAACCUGACUCUGCCGCUAGUCUCUCACAACCAGGCUAUGUCUCAGCCGCUGAGUCCUGUGGACCAGAUCCAGACUGCGACCUCGGGCCUCACCUGCAGCUCGAUGGCCAUUUCCUCGAGCCGGGCUCGCUCUCGCAGCCCCCUCAGCCCCCUAAGUCCUCCGCCCCCCAUUGAGGGCUUCAACUGGCCCGACGUUCAAGUACUCCGCUCCAAAUACUCCGACCACGGUCUGAGGAGACACUCCAGCUGCUCCUCCAGCCUGCUCCUCGCUGACGGAGCUUCUGGCGAGGCUCCUUCACACAAGCCUCGCGGCAGCCGGGACGCCAGCAGAGAGGAACGCAGGAAGCGGCUUCAAAGAGCAAAUUCUCUAGACCCUCGGCUGAGUGGAGCACAAAUGACUGAGCUGCAGAAGCUCCAGGAUCAGGUCGCCAACGGCGACUACGACGGUUACUACGUUGCAGCUGAGGCGCCGCUCCCAGACAACCCCGAACACAAGAUCAUCGUCAUGGAGAAGCUUCCAGAGCCUGAGACAGAGCCGGCUCAAACAGCCAAAGAAGAAGAAGAGGGGGAUGACAGCUACAUUCAGAUCCGUUCCCCGACCAGCAGGGAGAAGAUCUCCAUCAUGGCCGUCAUCGACCGCUGCCGCGUCUAUCAGGAGUCUGACGAAUAUAAACAGAGGGAGGACGUGAAGGCCAAGACGGAGGCGGGGAGGGCUCAAGAGCUUGACGCAAAAGAUCCGGACGACGAGUCCCAGAAAACAAGCUCAAACUGCGGGCCAAAGGCGGAAGGCGGUCAGCAGAGCAUCGUAAAAAACCUGAGAGAAAAGUUUCAGAGCCUGAGCUGAAUGAACGGCGCCGCAAAACUGUCAGAGCGUCACGUUUUAUCUCUUUAAGUAAAGAACAGAGAACUGAUUCUGCAGCAGACGACUGUUAAACAGCUUCAGAGGAUGAGAUCUGCUCAUUCUGUCAUUAUCAAAGAAUCAUCUGUAAAAUAUUUUGAUUCGGCAAACGUGUGAAAAACAUUUUAAGAUCAGGACAUAAAAUGUUUAGAUGUGGAGAUCAAGAAAUAAAACAUCCGAAAUUCUCACGGUUACAUAAUUAUAUCUUUAUAAUAAUUAUUGUGAUUUUAAGAAAACAAAUGUUCAAAAGACAAAAA